UUUAAUCCUCCUACCUCCUUGAAAAAUGGUUUGCACAUUUCCUUUAGCUAAUAAAUAAAUAAAUGUACAGGAAAAUUACACAUAUUGAGUUAGUCUGGAUGUAAGUUAGAUACUUAUGUUACAAAAUAUAAUAAACAUAAAUAACGUUUGAACGUAUAAAAAAGAAGCUAUCAAUACAAAUAAAACAAUUUGUAAAUAUAGAAUAUUCAUUUCUUCAUCAGAGUGUCGUGACCCAAAAGUUUUAAAGACAAAGUUCGCGAUACUUUAUUAAUUUCUCUCAGGAAGUAUCGCCAAGUGGAUGUUGUUAAGUUGACGAGUUAUGAAUCAGCAAUGUUGUACACAGAUAUAAAGUUAAAUAUUAUCUGGUAACUUUGUCAUCAAUUCUGUUGACUGGAUUUGUCAUAAAUUGAGAUUUGAACGCUCAGUCCUCGCUUCAUCUUUGGCGAUAAGUUAUUGCCACUUGCUUUAUAAAAUUGCCCUGAGCCAUUAAGUUGUUAUAAUAAAAAAGGUUUACUAGAUAUAUUUAAAUCAUGAAAUGUAUGCGUACCAUGACUGACUACCAUGGUUUACAAUUAUUCCGUCUCUCUUACUCAUGACAGUAUCGUGUUCACGGAUUCUAAUUCUCGAAUAUUAACAUAAUUAAAAUAUGACUUCUUUCUCUUUCUAUCACAUCGAAUUAUCAAAUUAAAACAAAUAGAGUAAAUAAGACAUAAAAUAUGCCUUAUCAAUCUUCGUGAAUUAGAUUCUUAUAGAAGAUGAUGACGAUGUUUCAAGUCAUCCAUCUGGAAAGUAUAUGAGUUUACACUGAACGUUCAUAAAUUCAUAUGAAUUACCUACGUGAGUUUAAGCUUUAUUUAAUUUUCAUUAAAAAAGGGUUAGUAUUACAGGCCGAAAAGACUUGUACAAAACUCUAAACCAAUGUAUGCAGAAUAGACUGACCAUUGUACAUAAAAGAACAAUCAUUCUUGGACAUAAAUAGCGAAGUGGUCACCAAACUUAUUGUUUCCAUAUAAGUGACUAUUCAAUUGUUAUUAUUUGUUUGAAGAUGAUCAAUAGGAUAUUUUAAUAAUAUUUUCGCAUACCAAUCAAUCUUCACGUCUAGCUGGAUCAGUAAUUUUACUCGCGUAGUAAAGAUCAGCAGUGCACUUGGUUAGACCAUCUACGUGUAUCUCGUAUUAUUGAAAAACUAGAGAAAAAUGAAAAGGGUUAUAGUAUUGUUGUUAUCACACAUUUACAUGAAUUGUGCAUUUUUUAUACCGUAUGGAAUUUUGAAGUUGUCGUGUCAAGACAGCGCUCUAUUAAUCGAUCGUAUUGUUGUCAAACCAGAUGGCACACAAUCAACACAUACAGGGAAAAUCAUAGCGAGAUCCCUGGAAAAUCAAAUUUUAGAUCUUAAGCAAAAAAGCAAUGAUAAAAUCAAUGAUUUAGUAUAUAACGAAGUUGCCCCAAAACAUAGCAAUGUUAACGAAAGAUCAUUUGUAUAUUUAAAACAAAAGCACAGAACUCCUAUCAUUAACUUGGUUCAUGGAACAAAUGAUGGGCUGACGAAGUCCAAUGCUGAACAAUUGGCAACCAUGAAGGAAUAUUUUCAUGAUUUUACCAAAAAACUAGCUCAAUAUCCAAUAGAAAAAUACUUACAAGAUUACUCUAUUUUUAAUCAAGAUCCAAAUGAAACUGUAACUAGAAGGUUUUCGAAACUAAAAUUAGGAAAUCCGAGGAAAGAUUACAGAAAAGACAAUAUGAAUGAUAUUGAUCCGAAUCUUUACGAAAAAUUGAAAAUCGUGGAGUUUUUGAAGCCACCUCUACUAAGAUAUGAGCAUAAUUCUGAAACUAAAAGAAAUGAAAUAUCGCAGACUACACAACAUACUAGUCUCGAACGAUAUGAUACACAUGUGUAUCCUACUCGCAGUAAUCAACAUUUGCAUAUUAACAACAAUCUGAAAGGAACUAUUUAUGUUAAACCACGCGAAAACGAAACGCUUUGUUCUCACAUAUAUCACAGUCAUAUAAAAGAAUGUGUCCAAAGAAUUUUCGGUAAAAAUGUUAAUCAAAGUGCUUUUAAUAUACUAACGAAAUGUUUAAGAGAGUUGUGUUUAAGAGAAUACAAGAAUAAAUAAUAAUAUUACUAGAUUACAUCAGAUGAAACUGAAUGUAAAUCGAAAUAUUAAGUAUGCAAAAAAAAUCUUGAAUUAAGUUUAAAUAUCGUGUUAUUUUUAAGUAAGUUAUUGUACCAACACCCGAGGAGACUGAUAAAAAAUUGUGUAGAUAACGUCGCGUUACAUCAUACCACCUCAAGCAGGCUGAAGAACUUAUGUUGAAGUAUUGUAUUGUAUUGAAGAAAUAUUGUAGUUUGAUUUGAACUUAAAUCAAAAUUUCAGUACACUCUGUACAUAAAUCUUUUUAAAAUUGGCAAUCUAUAAAAUAUAUAUAUAUAUAUAUUUCUUUUUUCAAUAUUAAAUCUCAUAAAUAUAUAAAAUUAAACAAUGUAUUCUCUCGUCCACAUUCUAUUCUAAGUAUAAUUUUAUAUUGUGAAGUUGAUGUUGUUGAAGAAAAUGCUGCAGUGCAGUUUGUUACCGCUUCUUCUGCACUGACGCCUUGGAAGCGGCAGUAAACUUAGUUUUUAAGUAAUUUAUUUGACGUCAACCAAUGUUGUUAAACCAUACGACAAUUAUUAAGCGAUAUAUAGUAUCCUAUAAUAAUGAAUAAAAAUUUUGAAUUUGAAUUUGAAUUUUGUUGAAAAUAUCAUUAACUUAAAAUGGACACAAAAUGCGAUGAUGAUGAAGAAUAUCACUAAUUUGAAACGAACAUAGUGGUUGCAAUAAAUUUCAGCGUGUUUUAAAAACACUGUAUUUAAGUAAAGUAUAUACUUACACACCA